ACCCUUCUACGCAGUCUGCAAUUGUUAGUCAGAAGGGUGCGGAGGCGACGCCGUCAUAAAAACCCUAGCGAUUUGUUCGAUUAAACUAGGGUUUUUCUCUUAGAUUUCUAGCGAAGCACAGAAACAAAAUUUAUUUUAUUAUUUUUCAAUACCCAUUUGAUAUUCGGUCGGGUAAAUCCGGUUUCAGAUCCAGAUUCAUUAAACAAUGUCUCGGUGCUUUCCUUACCCGCCUCCGGGCUACCAGAUCGAGUCGAUCAAGAUCCGAAAGGAAAAGGAGAAGUCUGUAACAGAAAGCCAUAAAGAUAUAAAGAAGGAGAAGAAAGAAAGAAGGAAGCAUAGGAAAGAAAACAAGGACCAAAUAUGUUAUACUGUGGGCAAGUCUCAUCAAGAGGGGAAAAGCUUCCUUCCAAGGGAAAAAAAGGAAGAAGCUGAAAAGAGUGAUCUUACUGAAGAACACAAUGAGCCCGUAUGCCUUCAGAAUAUUUGCUAUUUGUCUGAUGAUGGCAUUCGGAGCAAUAAGAAGAGGAAAUUGGAACAAGCAACUAAUGAUGACAAACCCCGUAAUGUCUUCCGCAUUAGGUUACCCUUGACAAGGCAUAAAGAGCCAGAUGUGCCUCUCAAUAGUGAAGGGUUGUGUUCUACUUCGGGAAGGGCAAAUUCUGUUUCUGGGCAGAAUGAAGGUGUCCAUUUAUCCCAUCAAGAAACUGUCAAUUCAAAGGCAGGUACUGUUGUUGGGGAACUUGCAUCUCCAGAAAAAAUGCCUUGCAGUUCAGUUUCAGAGAAGAAGAGCACUGUUUGCCAUGAAUCUGGGAUUUCUCGGUUCAAAUUGCCCAAUAAGAAGAUGCGGAAAGCAGACUCACUGUACAAAGUCUUAAUUGAGGAUUGGAUUUCACCACCUCGUCAGUUUGAGCUUAAUGAUUCUGAUGAUCAAGAAUGGCUUUUUGAGGCCUCAAAGCGAGAAAGGCAUGGAAACAAGAUACUAAAUGCUUGCCGUGAUGUCUUGUGUCAUGAAAGUUCUUUGUUUCCAUGCGGGCAUUACUUGCCUGAAGCUGAUGUAUACGCAUUACCUUAUACUAUUCCAUUUUGAUGUGAAGCACUGAGCAACUGUAAUCUGUUCAUGGUCUGAAAUUUUUUUGUGAGGUGGCCAUGAGCCAAUUUUGAAUAUGUAGUGCAGAUGUUUCUAUUGAUAGGAUAGGCAUAGGAUGUUUAGAGAGGGAAAUAUGUACAGUGACUUCUAAAUCAUGGCGGUUUUUCUUAUAAAAAAUGUGUGCAUAUCCCUUUCUAGCAA